AUGGCACAAGUUGCAAUACACCAGGCCAAGAAAGCGUUACGACGUGAACUAAAGAAAAGAAUUGCCGGAAUGUCUGAUGUUGUCAAAUUAAAAGAGUCGGCAUCAAUCGUGAACAAGGUAAGUAAGGCCAUUUUACAGUUAUGGAUGGAAGCGAGGCUGAGGGUGACCUUGUUUUGAUACAAACCUUCCUGCUUUAUUAUGUAAAUCAAGUUAUUCUUUAUGUUAAGUAGUAUUUUUCAAGAACAAUUUCCAUAACAAAGCAGAGAAGGUUUGUAUCAAAACAAGGUCACCCUCAGCCUCACUUCCUUCCAUAACUGUAAAAUGGCCUACAAUUUAUUCAACAAGCUGCUAGCUACAAGGCUGUAUGAAAGGUGGAAACUGGUCGUUUCGAUCAUAGAUGUUUCGUUACAAGUUGUUUCGAUACAAACUCUGGCAGCGAAACUCCACAACAGUUGGAGUAAGUUGGCCAGUUUCCUUUCGGAAUUCAACCCAUCUUUAUAUCGCUCACCACCAUUUCAUCCAGUCUUUUAUGCACCUAUCAUCCGCCAUCCCCUGGGGGGACCCCGGGCAAAUACAACUUUGUACAGGGACUCAUAGGGGGAUUUGAAAGAUCAUUUUACCCUCGAGGUGGGGGAAGUUUACCACAUCCUUGCACCCAAAACUGGGAGCUUUGUCGAAAGAAAUUAGAUUGAUUUCAAGUUGUCUGAAAUCAAGGAUAUACAGACUACCUUAUUAUAGGAAAUUAACGCUCCAUGAAAUUAAGGUAUUGGAAAUUAAUGUGACUUAAAUUAACGUGAAUUUAAUGGAAAACGACUUUCGAAUACAGAAAAUUAACGCGAGAGAGGAGGUAGAAUUUCAUACUAAAGAAAAUUAACGUGAUUCUCAUAUUCUGUCGAGAAAGACUAUGUUGACGAUUCGAAAUCUAUCUUGGCCGAAAUCAAAGGAGAAGAUAUUGACCUCACUUCUGACACUGACAACGAUGAACAUGAACUCGAAAUAUUGUUAACCUUCUCCUUAGCUUUUGUGAAAGAUGAAAAAUAAAGGGUAAAUGGAAAGAAAGAAAGCUUGUAGUUAAUGUUUUUUAGGUGUCAAGAAUGUCUGGACAGGUUCCAAAAUUAGGGUUAAAAUACUGGAAAUUAAGAGCGCGGAAAUCAAUGCUCGACAAAAUUAACGCGACUUAAAUUAACACGAAUUUUAACGAUUCGCUUUAAUUUCAUGGAGCGUUAAUUUCCUUUAAUAAGGUAAUUGUCCAGAAGAUCCCCUCAUAGUGAGGGGCUCACAACAUGGAAGACCACAUAAUCUCAGGUAUUGCUGGUUUGUACAUGACGUCAUGACAGCCAUGUUGGUGGUCAAGAACAAGCGCAUUUCUCUCCUCUGGGAACUAAACUCCAUUUUCAUGUAAAUUCUUCGAGAAAAAAUUCUGUUGUGUUGACCCCCAACAUGGCCACCCUGUCACGUGGUUGCAAAGCAAGAAUUGUUAUGUAAAAUGCUUCUUCUGAUCAGGUAAGCUGAGUCAUCAUGUUUACUGUGGUUUCAUGUUGUUCAAUAUGAUAUCCAUCUGGGAGGGGCAAGUUCUUAACUUUGAUUGCUCUGUGCCCCCAUCAAAGAGGGGGAGGUAAAGCUCUUUCACAGAAUCCUUUACAAAGUCCCCCCCCCCUUCCUUGGGGUCCCCCCAGGGGAUGGCCGAUGACAUGUGUCACAGUUUAUGUCACUGUUUCAAGGCCAUGUCACUUGUCAGAAUUUGACCCUAACAGGACCUCUAUAAUGGAAAGCAUUUUUGGAUCAAUUUAGGUUUUUGGGAAACUGCCCAACUACCCCUCCCCUAAGUUAACAUUAACACUUACUUCUCACUUAGGGCAAAAUGAUGGCUUAGGGGAUGGGUAGGUGGGCAGUUUCCCAGAAACCUAAAGUGAUCCGCUUUUUUUUUCGGUUGUCCCUUAUAUCAUACCUGGUUUAACAAAGAAGUUAGAAGUUGUCAAAAGUGAAAAGAUUGAAAAGAUAUGGACAUGUCCAUAGACAGUUUCAUUAGAGUAACUGUUAACUUUUUCUUUGGUCUAUAUAUCCUUGAAAUCAUAUCUUUCAUUUUUUUUCUUUAGUUACUUGGAAUGGAAGAGUACAAGUCAAGCAAGAGAAUUUCUGUUUAUCUUAGCAUGCCCUCUGAAGUGCAGACUGAGGGAAUUCUGAAGGUUAAUAAUAACAUACAUCUCUACAGAAAUCUUUGGUUGAUAUUUCUACCUCCAGAACAGCAUAUAUAUGACCACAGUACUGCCUAAGUUUUUUCUUGGGUGAUUUUCAUUUUAGUUUUGAAAUUCACAGUAGGAAAUAACUAAUAUUAUUAUUUUAAAUAAAAGAUCACUUUUAUGGCUAAUGUUGGUUCUCUUUUCCCUGUUAAUUGCAGGAUAUUUUCAAGACAAAAAAGUAAGUGAAAUGAUAAUAAAUGUAUGAAGCAUUAAUGACAUUACAGACAACUUUCAUUUCAUUUAUUUCAUUUGUUUGAUAUAUUUUCAGAGAUUGUUUCAUUCCCCGGUAUAUUGGUCCUAAUAUGAACAUGGUCAAACUUAACUCCAUGGAGGAUAUGAUGUCUCUACCAGUCACUGCCUGGAACAUUAAACAACCAGCAGGUUAUAAGUAACUUCAAUUGAUCCUUUAAGGAGGGGGGGCAAGGGGGUGUCUGGUCAUGAGUUCAUGAACAACAAUUUACACGAGUUUCACAAGUCAAGAAACAAAUAGUGUAAUUAUUGACCUUUGAUCUCAGCUACGUGUUCAGGUGAUCUGGGUGCAGCUAUAAAUUCCCUAGGGAAGCCAGCUGAAGGUGGGUCUGAGCGCACUGAAGUGUGAAGACUCAAAAGGGAGGUUAAAUCAAGCCACCAGAUGAUAGUUAAGGUUGUUUGGCCAAAAUAAUGAUUUUGUUGUCUUCAAUUGAUCCUUAAUGUACAUGUACACAAUCAAGGAUUUUGGCAGUUCACGUUUCACAGAGUGCACCUCAGUCACGAUUCACAGAGUAGUUUUUCAGUUUAUCACGAUUCAUGAACACCAAAAAUGAUUGAUCACAGGGUCAGGAUUAUAAGCUUGCCCUCCCCUCUUUAAGUCUCAAGAGUGACCAGCAUCAGUUUUCUCUUAACAAUAUCAGUGCAAAAAGGAGAAAAAAUUAUGAUAAUUAAUAGAGUGAUCACCUAAGGGAAAAGGUUUUGGUGUCAUUAAAAUUCUCUCAACCAAAUCUGCAAGGAAAUCUCUUUGAAAAGUUUGAAAUGCCUUGUUAUGACUUUGUAAAGAAUUUCAGUACUUUGGACACUAGUUAAAUACCAACUGAGCUCUUAAGGCCCAAAUUGAGCAUCAGGCAACACUUUAGGGAACAUCUAUGAACUUUUCCAAGUUUAAAGAUUUGUCAUGGCUAAGAACACUUUAAGUGAAAUACAUAGAGGAUAUUACAUGGCCGCGCAGGGAUAUGAAUUUUAUCUUUGAGUGCUGAAAGUAUCUCUCACGAGGGAGCGAAGUGAACGAGGGAGAGAUAAUUUCAGCAACAAAAGAUAAAAUUCGUAUCCCCAAGCGGCUAUGUAAUGUUCUGUAUAUUUUAAAGAUACUGAUGAAAUUCCUACAUAAAACCUCUUGUAAUUCUUAUAAUUGGCUAAUCAUAUUAGUAACCAUGGCGACACCAAUAUCCUCACACGUGAAAGGUAAAAAUAGUAUCUUCACUGCGUGCGAUGAAGAUAUGAUUUUUUAGUAAAAGGAAAAAUCCUGGUAUUUCAUCAGUAUCUAUAUAAUAAAGUAGGUUUCUUCUUCAGAACAGGAUGAAAGAGAAGAAGCAAUAUCAACUGGGGGGCUUGAUCUAAUUAUCGUUCCUGGACUUGGAUUCACAAAGGUUAGCUAUUAACUUUUGUCAAUUAGGCUCUAAACACAAUAAGCAAUGUUUUUUUUAUCGGAUGUUUUUUUGCGGAUGUGGCCACUCUCUCUUCCUCUUAGCAUUAUGUUUGGCCAGACAAAAUCUCAUCCCAGAGCCUGCUUUCCAUUUCUUUGUUUAUUAAUUUUUUAUUUACUAGUUCAGCCAGUUGUGCAAUAUACUGAGCAUUUUAGACCACCUUUUGUUCAACACAAACACCAUGACCUGAGGCCCAUUUCUCGAAAGUGCUGGUAUUUUUUCGGACCUGAAAUCAAAUAAUCAAAUCAAAAGCUUUUCCUUUUUUGUUAACUGAUAGUAGUAUAGUAGGCACCAAAUUAUCCAUUUUUUGGGCAGGAAUCUCAUUAACUUGCACAGAAAAAUAGAAAUAAAAAUAGAAUGAAAAGAGAAAGAAAUAAAUUGUGGAUGAGCAUUGGAAAAUUGUCUUUCAUUCUAAAAUGACCUAGUUUGCCUUUGCCCUCAUUAAUAUACAUAAUUUGGGCGCCAAGAAUCCUUGAACCAGAACUAGGACAAUGACAGCAGAAGGAAAUAGAACUUGUAUGAUCAUUUUAAGACUCAGUGAUUUGAAGUCACAGGCAAGUUUGAGUUUAUUCCUCAGACACCAUGAAUUAAUCACUGAAAACGUUUCAUAUUUUCUAAUCAACCAUUGGAAAACCAAGACAUUUACAAAACCGGUCAAGGAUGGUGGGUCUAUUGUUUCUAUUGUAUUAGAAAUACAAAAAAGAGAAGAUGAUGAGAUUCCUGUGUAUUUUACCAUUCAUGAGAUUAAGACAAAAGGCUAUGACAUCGUCGGCAUUAAUGUAUUCCUAUGCAAGUUAAUGAGAUUCUCGCGCAAAAAAUAAUGGAUAAUUGGGUGCCUACUAUACUACUCCUGAUAUAUUUAUCUCAUUUAUCUCAUUACCUCAUUUUCUGUAAAACUAUUGCUAACAAAAAAAAGAGAGGCAGCUCGCCUACACCACUCCUAAUUCACUGACGCAAAGUUCAUAUUGAUUUCUAUGCCCUUCCCGAUGAAAAAACUCAUCAUCUACCCUUCUUAUGUGGUUAAUAAGCUAGGCAAAUGGAUGGUUACUAGAAGCUUAGAUGAGUCACUAAGCAAGGUGAACCUUGCCCAUCAUUUAGAAAGUAAAUUUUCAUCCCGAGUGGCUGCUUAUGGAAGGUGUGGUUUUGUUGGCUUGUGUAAACAGUAAUUAAGAGUUUUGUAUAUAUUGGGCUAUUGCAUUUAACACCUGCACCCCCCCCCCCCUUCCUGGUUGAGGACCCAUGGAAUUCUUCAUUGGUAAGUUAUAAAACUUGAGGAUUUCUUUAGGGGCAGUGCAUAUGGAUUCCUUGGAGUAGAAGCUUUAAUUUUUAACAAAAUCUUCAGGGGUGAACAUAAGGAAAAAUCAACUUUUCACCAUAUUCUUCAGGGGUAAACCCAUAUUUUCGGGGGUAGACCCAUAUUUUAUGAAAGUCUUAAGGGGUGAGUGCAGUUUUAUGAAAUUCUUCAAUGUUAAGAAGAAAAGGUAGGUCCUUACCCGAGGGGAGGUAUCAACAUUGAAUGCGAUAUAGACUGUUAAUGCUUUUACAAGUGAUAAGAGAAUUCACACAGAACUUAUUCGCUUUUUUUCUUUUUUCUGUUGAAGGGGGGCCUACGUCUUGGUCGAGGAAAGGUAUGUACUGACCUUAAGGUAGAACAAAUUGAACUUUGUACUCGUGAAAAAGGUUAACUUUGUCAUGUAAUGGAGAGGAUGCAAGAUUUCACAUGUAAAGGAAGUCGAGACUGAGAAACCCCACUAACCCUAAAGCUUUUGGUAGGUUCUUCACACAUGAUUCCUAUAGUGUACCAAGAUAUAGAUUCCUAUAGUGUACCGCAUCUUUCUUAUUGUGUACCGAGGUACUUGUCUUACUUGUGUGUCUUGAAUUACUUGACUGUCUUGGCCUACUUCAGUUACUUAAGACACACAAGCAAUCCAAGAAACACAAUUAAGCCAAGUAAGUGAAGUAGGCCAAGACAGUCAAGCAACCCAAGACACACAAGUAAGCCAAGUACCUCGGUACACUGUAAGAUCUAGAUGUGGUGUACUAUAAGAAUCUAUAUCUCGGUAUACUAUAGGAAUCAUAUAUGAAGUACCUACCACUUUCUUUGUUUUCGCUAAACCCGUUGGACACAAAACCUCCCCUGGGUCGAUGUUACAUUGUCACAACCCUAAAGGAGAGAGCUAUGGUGAAAAGUAUAUACUUUGUUCAGCCUUGUUACUUGUCCAGUUCACAUUAUGUAAGAAGGGGGCUUGGAACCAAGCACACUAGGUGAAUAGGCGUACCAUUUCCGGUUAUUUUCGUUCCUCUCCUUUGGAAUUAGAGUUUUUGAAAAAAAGGUCAUUUCCGAGUUCAGGCGAAGGGCAGAAUCUUUCUUCUGGAAAUGAGUUUCGUUUACAUGUUGCAUGAGAAUUAAAAAUGAUAUUUAUAUCAAUGGCUUUGCUCUUAGCCUCGUUUUGAAACAGAGACUGGGGGAACUAAAUGAAGACAGGUUAUGCCAUCUUGCGUAGCUUGCAUAGCAAGCUAUACCCUCCAAGGAUGCCUGUGAACGAGGCUGAAGAAUUGCGAGUUCAUCGUCUUCAUUUUUUGUUCACUAGUUCUGGUCAACAUUCAGUUACAAUGAAAAUUUUACGGAUGAGAGUCUUCUAUGGCGUGUUUUGUUUCAUAACAUUUCAUUGUUGGCAAUUGCAGGGAUAUUACGACACUUAUAUUAUGAAGUGCAUCGAAAAGUGUGAAAAGAAGCCUCUUUUAAUUGGUAUGUACAUAUCAAAAUAUUUUUAGCAGUUUGUGUCCUACUCGCUGCGUUGACGUCAGCCAUGACGUCAAUGAUGAAAUAAUUCCAAAAUUAUCUAUAACUGACGUCACAUAAGAAACCAACGCGGCAACUCAGCCGUUUUGGCCAAUCUGAACCCAAUAAAGAAGUUAAAGAGUUUACAGCUAUGCAAAGAAGAAAAAGCCAAAUUACUGACUAAAGAUAAUCGCAGGAAUACACAAAAAUACAGCUCGGUGGAUUUCACAAGUGCUUAUUGAGGAAUAUCUGCAGGAAAUAAGCAUUUGUUUAUAUCAGGCUGAAAGUGCCGAGAAAGAGGUUUUGAAGAAAGUCUAUGUUGAGUUAAGAAUGUUUUGAGCCUGGAAAUAUUUUCAUGAAUAAUAAAUUAUUGAAUUCUGCCUUUGUACGAAAUGAAGACUUAAGCAGAUUUCGGAGGGUGUUAUCAGGCCUCUGUGGGUAACACCUUCCGAGAUCUGCAUAAGUUCUCAUAUUGUGCAAAAUAGACUUGUUUCAAGUCGACUUCUCAUAAGUUCUCGAUCGAGAGCAGUCUUUCUAAUGAAGUCGCGGUGACUAAGCGAGCGAGUCGCGAGGUUACCUAACCAACCAGGAAAAAAAUAAAAGAUUUCCGGAAAGUCUUCAUACGAAAGCAUUGCUUACUAGCUUCUGCAACACAAAGAAAAAAACGUUAGAAAAGUUUUUUCGCCUUGUACUUCAUUCAAAUUGAAGAACGUUUGUGGAAUAGGCUGUGUUUCCUAUAUAUUGUCUUUUUUCAGGGUUUCUGGUUUAGGGGCCACUGCGUUUGAGUGAUCUAUGGCUUUCUUGAAAUGGCCCUCGCUCAAUAAGUACAUUAGCGUAUGGCAUUGAACGUUAGGUCCACUUCCUUGCAAGAACUUUGCCCUGUGACCUGUUGUAGUGUGUGUACACAAAUGUGCAUUAAUGAGUUCUUUCUUUAUUUUUUUUCUUUUCUUUUUCUGUUUAUUAUGAUAUACUUAGGUUACGUUCACACGGCAGCGUACAAAUUUUUGACCAGCUGAAAAUUUUUUUCCAGACACGCAGCUUUUCAAACACCUUUAAGUGGUUCCCUAUGAACACCUAAAUCCACAAAAAUUCGUCCAGUGCCGUGUGAAUGUAGCAUUAAACAGUAUUUUAGGGAAGAUAGUCUCUAUUAAGAGACUAUCAUUAUUAAAAUGAUUGCAUUCAUCUCGGCUAACUUCCAGGCUAACUUCUUAGGAUACUGAUACUACGACCUCUAGCCCUUAGGAGUGACCCGGGGGGCGGGGGGGUUAUCCUGUUAUUCUUGGUGGGGGUGUGCUGCCCAGUUCUCCAAAUCCUGACCCUAUUUGAGACCAAAAAAUGUCAUUUUUCACACCCGUUUUCAGACCUGGUCUCUAAGAUAUAAUGUCAUUUCUCCUUAACUUAUCACUACGUAAUCAAACGUAAAAGUCAUUUACUAAGAAAGGUUCUAAUUGUUCAACUAAUCCAUGUUAUCAGUACAAUAGGAAAUAUUUUGAAAACAGUGCAGAGAAUCUGCAUGCUGAUAUUAAAAGUUUAAGACAUGCGUUAUUGACCAAGGGUGAGGUCAAGAUGGCCGGAUAUUGCCAAUUUUAUUUUUUGCGUUUUUAUUGACCGAGACGAAGUGAAGGUUAAAAUAAAAACGCAAGAGGGAAUGAGGCCAAUAUCCAGACAUGUUGACUUAACAAGCUUGGUCCAUAAAGGAUUUAUGUUCAGGACAAAAAGAGAAUUUUUUUCUUUGGGACCAAAGAGGUAAUCCCGAAUGGGCGAGGUGGUCCCAUCUUGCCCGCUCGUGUAGCAAAUCAGAAUACAGAUUUCACUUCAUUUUUUCUCGCGGAUUCAGCCAUAUAAUAAUGUAGAAUUCUACACGAUAGCUGAAGAUCACUCAGUUCUUCUAUUUUUUGCAGGUUUGGCGUUUAGUACUCAACUCUGCAAUGAGCUUCCCGUCACAGAACGAGACAUGACGUUAGAUCACGUGAUCUCAUUUCAGCCGGAUUAGGAUAUGUCAGACUGUAAUUAACCUGAAAUAGAC